AUGGUAUAUGAUGCAUCUACCUCAAUGGCCGCCCACACGGACUCCGAGAAGGCCACGUGGAGAAUGAUUGUACUCUCUGUAUGGGUCUCUUUCGCAGUAUUAAUCGCAUCCUUCGACCAGGGCUUUGCAGGAAUUGUGUUGAUUAUGCCCUCGUUCCAAACGGCCUUUGGUCAUUGCCAUCCAACAAACGGUUCUCUAGGAGGGAAGACCACAGAAUGCACCCUCACUACGCUGCAACAAUCACUCAUCAGUGUCACGGUACUCUUUCAAGCGGUUGGGAGCGCGACAACUGGCUUGCUCGGUUAUAAGUUCGGUCGCAAGACAACUAUGCAAGUGGCCUGCGUUCUGUGUAUCAUAGGGGCCUCAGGAAUGCUGGGAACAUCUGGUAGCUUCCUCCACUAUAUGGUCUGCAAAAGCAUCAGCGGCGUGGGGAUCGGGCAGCUUCUUACCUCAAGCAUGGUUUACGGUUCAGAAUGUGUUGUCGCAAGCAAGCGCGGCCUCUUACUUGGGAUGUUCAACAUUGGCUUGGCUUUGGGCAAUGUAUCUGCAGCCGCGGUAUGUGCUGGAUCGGCGACUCUGAGUCCAGACAGUGACUGGCAAUGGAAAACACCCAUCGUUUGCCAGAUCCCGCUCGCGUUGAUCCUUGGUUUCGGGACCAUGAUGUUUCCUGAAUCGCCGCGUUGGCUACUUUGGAAAAGAAAGGAAGACGAGGCUCGCAGGUCUUUUGCUGCUUUCAAAUCCUUGGGGAUAGAUUCGGUCGAAGUGACGGCGCAAAUGGAGGACGUCCAACGGCAUCUUGAUCUCGAACAAAGUCUCAGUGCCACCACAUCCUGGAUGGAAAUCUACCGAGGCGCCAAUCUUCGCCGAACAGUAAUCUCCGCAACGACCCUCGUUGGAUUGCCUAUAACUGGUAUCCAAUUUGUUGCUGGUUAUGCGGCUCUUUUUCUCAGUGGAGUCGGUAUCAAGAACCCUUACCUCAUCAACGCAAUUGUCGGGCUUUGUAUUCUUGCAGGAGCCUGCGCAGGCCCACAUGCCCUGGAGUACGGUGGGAGAAGGUUCUCUAUGCUGGUAGGCUAUAGCCUCAUGGCAGCUUGCAUGCUUAUUCUGUCAUCCGUUAGCACAGGUCUCGGGGCAGAAGAUCCAAUCGCGAAGAACGUCGUUGUUGUGUUCCUUUGCCUAUGGGCAUUUGUAUUUGGCGGGUUCGUUGGUUCUAGCACCUGGCUGUCCUCUGCUGAGAUGCACAGCGUUCGACUCCGCACUUACGGCCAAGCCAAUACGACCUGCUUUAACAUGAUUGCUAGCUUUGCGGCUAGCUUUUGGACUCCAUAUAUGCUUAACCCGAGUUACGGUAAUAUGGGAGUAAAUGUCGGCUACUUUUAUUUUGGAGUGACGAUUGUUGUCUUAAUUACCGUGGCUCUGUUUGUGCCAGAAACAGCUGGACUGACCCUUGAGCAAAUUGAUGAUUUAUUUAUAUCUGGCGAGAAAGCGUGGAACACAUCUACUGAGAAAAAUACGGCGAUUGCCUAG